AUGGAUCAAACAGGUGGUAAUACUCGUUCCGAAUCUUCAGUUCCUCCACCACCGUCUCAACAUCCCGAAGUUACUUCAGGUAGUAGCAGUCAUCCUUACUCUCGAAAGGAUCGCUCCGCAUCACCACCUCGUGGUUAUCGACGUUCAUCUUACUCUCCAAGACGUCGAAGUCCUUCUCCGAGGAAUUAUCGUACCGCUAGAGACGACAGAUAUAGAGAUGAUCGUUAUGCUAGAGAUGAUCGUUAUGAUCGUGGAUAUAGAGGAGGUGGUUAUAGGGAAGAAAGAGGUUACCGUGAUAAUCCUUAUGGUUCUGAAAGAAGAGGUCCUCCACGAAGAAGUAAACCUAUUGAUCGUGGAUCCGAUAAGGAAAGACGUGACUCCACUACUCUUUAUGUUGGUAAUCUUCCUUAUGCGUUCCGUGAACAAGAUGUAGCCGACAUGUUUGAACGUUAUGGUCGUCUACGGAAAGUAACUGUUCAAAUUGAUCAUUAUACUGGAAGGAAUAAAGGUUUCGCAUUUGUUGAGUUUGAAGAUCGAAGAGAUGCGGAAGAUGCCUUUGAUAAAUACAACGGAACCAAUGUCGAGGGCCAUCAGCAUCGUAGAGAUAAAUAUGCGCCUCCAGAUUAUGGACGUUCUGCGGAACCUUAUCCACGUGGUUCAUCUCCGCUUGGUCUACGUGGAUUUAGUCCGAACUAUAGAACCGGUGCAGGUGCAACAUCGCCCAGCCCUUACCGUCGAUGA